AUGACAGAUGAGCAGGUUGUUCACGCCACAGCGGCCGGCCCUGAAGGCGCAGAAGAGACCCCUGGGGUCGUAGAGGCGGCGGGUGGGGCCAAACGCUUCACAACACUCGACGACAUCGUCAAACAGAGGCGGAUUCAAUACAAGGCCGAAAAGGCCGCCAGGCAGGCCGGCAAGGGCGGAAAAAAGAACGGGAAGAUAGUGGUCAAGAUGAAGGGUGUCAGCGAGUCUUCGGCCGCAUCUUCGGACGCCGUCGUCAUGGUGUAUAACCUCCCGCAGAGCAUCACCAAGGAGAAAAUGCGCGAGAUUGUCAAGGACUCCGUCUCAGUGUACCCCGCAAGUAUCGAGCUGGGUAAGCCCAUUAAGGUCGGAUUUGGAAGUGAGGAUAAGGCGGCAGAGUUCGCAGACAACAUAUCUAAGUUUUACUGUAAGGAAACUAGCAAGAACGUCGUUGCCAAAAUGAAGUCCAGUUCCGUCACGCUUGUUAAAAGGGUCUGA